AUGGAUACCCCACCACGAAAUAGAAAGCAGCGUCGUGCUGCAGCGACGAAAUCGCCUUCAGAUGAUCUCCAAAUCCCCCUGGCCCACCCUCCACGAGACGAUCCUUCAACGAAAUCGAACGAGCACAAAACAUUCUAUGAAAUGAUCGCGGAGCGCCAGAACGAACUCAUCCAGCAGGCCGACAGCAUGAAUGCCGCCAGGUCAACCAAAUCAAAAGGGAAAGGAGUUCCUCUCAGCUCCAGUGGUACGCGAUUUGUGACUGUCGAUGCGUCCGGGGCAGUGGUGGAAACCGACGGCGAUAUCGAUUUGGACGGCCGGAAACCUCACGCAGCCCCAACAGGGAAACCGUUUACCCCAGAAGUCACCGAAAAAGAUGAUACCGCGGCCCAAGAGCCCCUUCCGCCAUUCAUUGAUACCGCCCUGCUUUCGAUACCCCUCACCACCUUACACUUGACACUUGCCUACCUUGCCCAGCACCAAUAUGCAGAUUCGACGGACGUCCCACGCCUCAUCAAAGAGGCAGUAAUGCUGACGUUGCCCAUGCUUACUUUCCUCAUCCAUUUCGCUCAUGGACACAUUGUCUCCUUUCGACUCCCAGCAAGUUGGGCAUCUCUCGCUCCGGAGCCUGUUGAUCUUUUCCCUCUGACGCAGGACAAGCUCAAAAUAUCGUUCUUAUGGCGAAUGCUGUUUCCACCGUCUAUUAGGUCGAUUAUAUUUCUUCCUCUUGCCUUAAUACUGGGUCUGCAUCUUAUUACAAUUACAAACGACCACCCAUACUAUGGGGUUAUGCGAAAGGCGCCGGCUUAUGGCACUAUUUGGAUCUGGUCCAUUUUGGAGAUGCCAUUCGGGUCUGCCCUGCUGGGUGCUCUGGGUCCAUUGAUCUGGGGGGGUUUGGUGGAUGGGCUACGGCAUCAUCUAGGUGUCAUGACCUCGACGGGAUCUGCGCUGCAAUAUGUACUCAUGGAUUCUUGCAAAUUGAGCGACGAGGUCUAG